UGACAUAUGAGUGAGGAACAGUGAUACCGUUAUCUUUAUCUGAUCGCCAUAUGAAAUAUAUGUUAUGUCGACAUAUGAUGUCUACAUUCGGAAUUAUACAGCAUAUUACAUUCGUCCUUGUGGCGUUUGUCGGCGUAUGUGUGGCACCACACCAAACUCCAUUCAGAUGUUUCAAACACGUUUGUGACCAUGGUGAUGUGUGUAUGAUACGUAUAUUUAACUCGGACACUAAAGGAGACUGCAACAGAAUGCAUAUGCCGCAUCAUGCUCCGGGAUUACAACUAUGCCCACAAAUACUGCUUCAAGAUCCCCAUCAAGGCAAUGCAGACUUAAGUUGUUUUUGUGACAAUGAGAAAUGCAUGCUUGAAUUAACUGGACUCUUAUUUUUUCGUGCAUUGGCAAAUGGAAGUGGUUCGACCCCAAGUAGUCAUGUACUUAAUUGCUUGGGAACUCGUUGUUCUAUUGGCGAGAUUUGUUACGUUGAAGACGCAGGAGGCAGUCCAAUAGGGAGAUGCAUGGAAGAUCCAACAAAACGGGGUACAAAGGUGACAUUUGGAUGCUCUUCACAUACGCUACCCUGUUACUGCAAACAAGAUGGAUGUAUUGCCACGGCCAAAACAAUCAAACCUACAACUACUAUCAGUACUACAUCAGUUAAAAGUACGACAGUCCAGUCUUCAGUGAAGACAACUGAGAACCCAUUAUGUGUAGACAAUGAUAACAGAUGCGCUCUAUAUAAAGACAGCCUUUGUCAUGCUACUGCACAUACAUAUGUUGUCGCUACAUGUGCCAAGACAUGUAACAAAUGUGAUGAAUAUAUAGCAACAUUGAAAACAAAGACAAUAACCACACAUCGACCACUUCUAAACUCACAAUCCACCUCAUCAGUAACCACUUCAAAUCCGAGUACAGCGAGACAGACUAAAUGUCAUACAUGUGGAAACAUUGAUAGCCUUACCCCUUGCUCUACAGAUGAAGUCUAUCGUAAUUUGACUACAUUGUGUCAGACAGGUCAAGAUUUUUGCAUGACAGAUGUCUUAACUGACAAUUUUGGCAAAGAACACAUUUUCAAAGGAUGUGUAACAGAGCAAACAUGCCAUGCAAAAUGGACCAAUAAUUCUGCCAAGCUAGAUUAUUGUACACAAUACGGAACGGUUAACAAUCACAAUGUUCAUGAAUGCCAUUUUUGUUGCCAUGGCGACGGAUGUAAUUCAAACAUCAAACCAUCGACGUUAUCUCUUGUAAAACCUAAGUUAGCAUCUUUAUUCGUCGGAAAAUAAAUGAUGAUCAAUUAUUUUA